UAUGAUUGGUUAACAAAUGCUUUUUCAAAUAUCGUGCGCGGUAGCUAUUUUAUGAUUUCACCCUUUUCGGCGAUCUGUUGGAAGCCAUCGUUAUGCUGCUUGUUUCUGUAAUCAUAAACAACGAGAUAUCUCUCUAUCUCAUGUAAUUACAGGUAUUGUCGCCAAGGAUAUCCAGUUGAAGUAAGUUGUUGUUACCUCUGCUUCACAACGUUAAUCAGUUGCGGUAUCUACAGACGUCAUGAAGUGUUUGAGCGGGGACGAGUUUAUCAAGCGGACUGCUUCAUUCAACGAGGCGCUGCUGUUAUGUCAAGAGUUCGAGAGCCUUGUUAAGCGCGUGCCAUCUUAUGGUCGCACACUGUGUGACAAGAUCAUCAGAGCCUGUAACCAUCAACUUGGACUUGGCUCACUGGAAUUCAAUCACAUAAGCCAGUUGGUCAAACUUGUGGAGCUUGCCGUUCAUGGCUAUGAUGUCUAUUCUCAAAGCCAAAGCAGUCCUCUAUACAUGGAAAAGAUCAUUUUUCAUAUAGUCAAGAAGCUAAGCUCUCUGCAAGUCCACAAUCUCUGCAGCCAUAUUGCUGCAUUGCUUUACACCAGGCUUACAUCCACACAUCAGGAUGAGAACUAUUAUGUUCUUGUGCGUAGCUGCUUCUCUGUUUUGUGGAACGGACUCUCUGCUAACAUGGAUCAGAAGGUUCUCAAUGCCAAAGACAAACUACGUUGCCAGUUUCAAGCCCUCAACUUCCUUCUGUUGUUGGACAGAGAAACUGCGAUUCUUUCCAAAGCGCCGGCAUACAUGGAGAGUGCCGUCUGUGAAUUUGCAAAAAAUUGUGAUGCAGUGAGUGAAGAGGAUGCCUCAUUUGUUCUCCAUGAAAUGCACACUCUUUUCGACAGAUCUUGGAGAGAUAGUCAAGUCUCCAAGAUUGAUGGAUCUACGCCACCUAUUGUUACAUCAAGCAUAUACACGCUUGUUGAAAUUGCGCUUGUUAUAAUCAAGAUGCUGUGUAAAGCUGGGCAUCAUAGUCUGGCCUCCACCUUUCUGAAUGAUUUUGGGGUCAAAGUGAAGAACGAGACUGACUGUUUGGCUGCAGCUCUGGAGCUCGGGAAAUGGGCUGUAGAAAUCCAUUCUAUGGCAGCACCCCAUAAGUAUAGUGAUAAGCCUUUGAAAGAGUGUUCCAGGGCCUUGAGGUCUCUUCCCCCAGAAUUGGGCGAAAGUGAAGCUCAUUCUGUCCUCGAAGGAUGUGGACUGGUGGUGUGGGUUGUGGAAAAUUGCCAUAAGAAGCCAUUCAGUGGUCCUGUGCUGCUGGCCUGGUUUACUUUUCUUGAGGAGCACCAAGACCAGAUCAUAAAGAUCCUGAAGAGCUCAAUAUUAAAAAGUGAGUGCAGCAGACUUCAACAGACCCUUUGCGUCAGUAUUUACCUAGGCUUUGGAUUUGCCAAUGAGAGCUUGCUCGACUCACAGCUGGAGGACAAUGAAACUCUGGCCAGAGUGCUGCUCUACUGCCAAGCCACAGCUGCGCACAUGAUGACUGAAAUGCGCAAAUUGUCAAACGAAGACCUUCUCAUCAAAGCAGUAAUUGCGGUGAGCAACUUGGCCUGUGGCUUGUACAAUCAGCGUCUGUAUGACCAGGCCUUCACACUUCUUGAAAUCCUGUGUCAUAAUCUAAGCAAGAACUGUCCUGUUUCGCUCUCUGUUGAUAGGUUCAACCGACCCUUCAUGCUAGCUGUGCAAUCAUCGCGGCGAGCGGGGCACCUGGAACGAGCCCUUGACUGGGUCAUUCUGUGGCUAAAGGCGUUGGGAAGUAAAAUGGCUUUACAUAUGACGGAGCCAAUCUCCUUGUGGGUGAAAACCAAGAUGGAUAGUGCAGAUAAGUCUGAAGAGGACAUUCGACUCAGGACGAUACGUGACGGUUUUGGUCCUGACAUUCCGGAUGAAAGAAUAAUGCUUUGCCUUUUGGAUGAGGAGUUGCGCAUCUAUAAGGAGGAGGCAGGUGACACCUCGCAGGAACGCUACAACACUCUUUGCGAUCUGCUGGACAUCUGUCAUGAAGAGAGCUCCCACACCCACUUGCGUGCUGCCUACCUCUGCGAAAUGGCCCAAGUUGUUUGUUUUCAGGACUUCAGUGAACAAACUGACUGUACGGCAGUUGAUUUUACUCAUGAAGCUUUACGGCUCCUGGAAGAGGAAAUCGAGACUCCUGAAAACACAAGCCGACUGAAGGACAACAAGGCCCAUGCUUUGCUUUGGCUUUUUAUCUGCACUCUUGAGAAGAACCUUCAGGAGGCAAUUGAAAGGGAUGCAAAGCUUCGAGAAAUGCGUAAGCAGUCGCCGUGUGUAGAAAAUCCUAUUGGGACCAAUGAUUUUAAUCUUGAAGACAAGCAGAAGAAUGAGGGCAACAUUUUGGUAUAUGAUGGUCUGAAAUUCAGCUUGGCUGCACAGAACAAGUUUUGCCAACCGUUGGAAAGAGCGCUGGCUGAGUGGGCCUCUCUUCUGCAUGCUCCAGUUUUGCCUUCUGUCAGGAAUCCUAAACAGACAUGCAACUCUAUUGUGAUGACUGGAUCUCUCUUCAAACUAAUGGGAAAGCCUCUUAAAGCUUUGGAAGCAUAUCAACUUGCUGUUGAACUUUCCCGUCAACUUGGCGACACUCAAGGAUGUGCAUAUUCCCUCUGUCAGUCGGCCAGCCUCCUCUUGGAAAUGGGCUCCACUGAACAGGCUUUGAUUCAGACUGAACAAGCAGAAAAAAUGGUCACCACUGAUCCAAGCAUUGAAGGACCUUCCUCUGUCUAUCUUUUCAUCAUUUUGCUGAAAUCUCAGUGCUGUUACAGUACUGGACAGGUGGAUUCUGGGGUAUCCUAUCUGUGUGCUGUGCUUAAAGAGGCCAAUGAGCAGAAACGUUCCAAGGGCUGGUAUAUGUUGCGAGCUCAAGCACUCCAAACUUGCAGCUCCUACCUCAGUUUGGACACAACUUCCCUGCCACAAACGCAGCGGAACCGCGUUACACAGCAUGGUUUCAAAAGCCCAGAUACUGCUUUGUGUGAAAGCAUGAAGCUCCUCAGCAGCCUGCUGGUCACUUUUGUGGGUAAAGGCUUGUAUGGCAAUAAUGGAAAUGGCUCAGAUGUGCGCUUCAUUGACAAAGGAAAUAAUCUUUUGUUUAAAUGGCGGCUGCUGUCGGAACUGUUGACCUGCUCAAUGAAAGUGAUUAUGCUGCGAGUCAGCUGUGGUGCUAUCAACGAUGCUCGACUGCAGUGUCAAGAAGCCCUGAAACUUGCCAUCAAGUUGCAAGCACUGAGCCAAUGUGCUGAGCUGAUGGUGAUGAAAGCUGAGUUGGAACUAAUGCAGGGGGAGAUAGCGGAAAGUGGGUUUGAUUUGGACAAAGUCAGAAACCUUCUGGAAAUGUACACAGAUUUUGCAGAACCAGAGUGCAAGUCUGAAGUUAAAAUCAAACCGAGGAAAGUUCGUCCAUCGCUAAAAUCUCGUUCUCCAUUGCCUAUAAUGGAGGAUGACCUGAAGGACAUCCUGAGUACAAGGUGGAGUGUCAAAGAACCAAUUGUGAGGGAUGAAGGCAGCUCUCCACCUCUCAAGGCCAAACCUCGUCGUUGGCUCUCAUGCCUCUUACACAAACCAACCUGCCAGUGCCCUUGCUGCUCGGAGCCCCUCCUGAGCCGCGCCACCGCUCGUUGGGCAGCUGCAGAGGCUGAUAUGAUUCUCCAAUUGGACCAUUCUGAAGCCAAAGAUGGUUUUAAACUUCACCGGACAACAUUAGCUCGUUGUAAGACGAUCACUGCCAAACUUGCGACUAAAUUGGCUGAAUUCUUUCCACUGGGUGGCCCUGCAAAAGGGUCCACUGAGCCCUCUCUUAUGCAUGAUGUGAUGGGUCGGGUGUACCUUCACAUGGCUGUUUCUGGUCUUGAACCCAGCCACAGUAAGGUUUGCAGCAUAUGGAAAGUACUUGAAGCUGGUUUAGCCUUUGUUGAUUCAGUGCGCUCCCCGAAACUCAAUGCUGUGAAAGCAGGCCUCAUUGCAACCAAAGCCAUUGUGUCGUUGGUUAACUUGUCUAGGAAAAAAGAGUGCAGGCUGGAGGAACUGUUCUCAAGUGUGUGGACUUGGAAGGCACCAAAACAGUUGAAAGCUCUGAAAUCAUACCAAUCCUCACUCAAGGAGCCUGAAGGUUUAUCUCUGUCCGCAAAACAUAAGCAGACAAAACUCAAGGUCUCCAAGCCAAAGAUCCAAGUCCCAAGUUCUGCAGCAAAAAGGAAGGGUCCUAUGACUCCAAUUAUGAUUCCGAUGACUCCAGUGAUCAAGUCCAAUUUCUCUGCAAAGGAACUUAGCACUUUUGACUUCAACACAGCGGUAUCUCCGUUGGCCUUCACGCCAAUUCAGAAAGCCAAAGCAACGGCCACAGUACAAAAGUCACAGAAAACCGCUUCUAAGCUGCAGUUUCAGGUGUUUGAUGAGUUCCUACCCGUACAAGACAAAGUUCAGCCUGUACCUGCUGCUCCAAGACGCACUAAGAAAUCUCGAUUCAAGGUGGAGUUUAGUGAUGAGAGUGAUGCAGAGAACCAAGCUCAGGAAGAACUGAUUGAAAAACUGUCCAAAAAGAGGAGCACUACAAGACAAGCUACUUGCAGAAACAGGGCUGCCUCAACUGCCCCCGCUGAGAAAAUCCCGCCUACAAGGCAGACGAGGAAGAAGAGCUGUGCACUACCUCGAGACACAUUGUCCGGAGACGAAACUUUGGUGUGUCGAGGGUCCUCAACAAGACGCUUAAGAUCCAGAAACGUAUCCGGCAAGAAGUUGGAGUUAGAGGAGGAGUCAGACAAAAUGAGGGCCGAUGAGGAGGAAACUAAUGACGUUCUAGACUUGAGCAUUGAGUAUUUGAGGGCGUCAGACACCGAAACAAAAGACUAUGCUGCUUCAGACAUACAUUUUGUCGAAGUGUUGGGGAGGUAUUUGUGUUGUGAUUUGGAGAGGAAAGACUUGCUUAACAAGAAGUGUGACCAUCAAGCAAGAGGCCCUCAAGCACAUCUUCCUUAUCCGGACCCCGGAGCGGACAAUCUUUCAUUUGAAGAUAUUCAGGUAUUACUUCGCUCAUCUUGGCUGGCCCUUCAGCACUUCCCCCCUCCAGUCAUUUUUCCAAACCUCUGUGCCCUUCUGGCAUUAUCUAUGGGUCACCAUGAUCCCAUAACAACAGCAAUGCUUCAUUCCCAGUCUUUGGGUAUCACUAGCCGGCAUCGCACCAUCAGACACCUAGCCAGCUCUCUGAAAAAACUGAAAAAGGCAUCCAGCGAGCUAUCAGAUCAAAUGGACAGCCUAACUCUAGAUGAGUCGAGUCCCACUAGUAGUAUGGAACAGAUGUCUCAGUUGGAGAACAUCUUUUCCUUUCCGACAGCUGAUUGCUCAGACUUCCCUCAGAGCCACUGCCAAGAGUUUGUUCAGCAAAUUGAACACCUUCCUUCAGGUGUGACUGUGUGUGUAAUGUCAGUGGUUGGAGUCAAAGCUCGGGAAGUGGGUGAAGGCAUCCUACUGUCCCGACUCGAAAAGGGAUCUCCUCCCGUGACUGUACACAUCCCCACCUCCACAGAGCCGCACUCAAUUAGAUGGCUGGUCCAGGAGAUGGACAGUAUUCUGGUGGAUCAAAAGGCUUUGAACAGUGUGUCUGAGAAAGCUCUGUGGUGGGAGGGCCGCAGGGCACUUGACUCUCGAGUCAAGCAAUUACUAAGAGAGAUGGAGCAAUUGUUGGGGUGCUGGAAGAGCCUCCUCCUGCCUCUUUCAUCAGAUCCCAAGCUCUCUGCGGAGGCCCAGCACCUUUACAAAACAUUGUGUGCCAAGGGAAUGAAAGCCAGUGAAGAGAUGUUGAAGGUUGUCCUAUCUGCAAUCCCUCUGCUGUCCCAGAAAGACUUGAAAAGCUUCGCUCUGGGAAUUUGGCCCGAAUGGGACUACGAUUGUGAGCAGCUUCUCCAAUCCGCUGUUUUGCAGUUGGCAAAGAGAGAAGAGCCUUGUGGUCAUGUGGUUCUCCUUCUGGACAAGCACCUCCAGAAAUUACCCUGGGAGAGCAUCUCCUUCUUAAGGUUCCGCUCUGUGAGCCGCAUGCCCUCUCUGCAGUCAUUAAUUGGACUGAGCAUUCAGAAGGAGAAUGAACAUCAGUCCAUCUUGAAGCAUGGUGUGGACCCCAGGAAUACGUUUUAUCUUUUGGACGCUAAUAACAACUUAAAACACGCAAAGGAACAAUUCGAAAAGUGGUUCAGCAGCAAACCGGAUUGGGAUGGUGUGUGUGGGCAUGCUCCAAAAUCCGGACAGCUGGAAGAAGCCGUUGCCACUAAGGAUCUAUACAUUUAUUUGGGCCACGGUGCCGGCACACAAUUCCUUGACAGCCAGGUGGUCCUGAUGCGACCAGUGAGAGCUGCCUCUCUGCUUAUCGGCUGCAGCAGCGCUGCUCUGGCUGUGCGGGGAGAUCAGGAGGGACAAGGCAUCAUCCUCCACUACCUCAUGGCCGGCUGCCCCUUUGUGUUGGGAAACUUGUGGGAUGUAACAGAUCGGGAUAUUAAUCGCUUCACCAAAGCCUUGCUGGAAUCUUGGUUAUCAUCCGAGUCUGGGAGUGCCAUGCUGGAUUAUAUGGGCCCUUCACGGCAGGCCCCUUACCUGCGACACCUCAUCGGAGCUGCACCUGUGGUCUAUGGUUUACCAAUUCAGCUAAGGUAGUGAAGGCCAAUCAGCUGUUACUCAGAAUGACAUCCUCCACAUCUAUGCAGUCUAUGCCUUUUUUUAUCAGAUGGUUUUUCAUUUCACUUGAAAUGUUAAUUGUAAAGAAUUUACUUUUAAUUUAAAACCAUUGUUUUUUCACCCAACUUUUGCUGAGUGUUUUAAUGCACUUUUGAUUGACUAAAGUUCAAAUAAAUGUUCUUCGGAUAUCUUGAUUGAUGAGUCUGCCCCAGUUAAUAGUGAUAAGUUUUAAGUUCGGUGUUUAUUAUUUACAUGCAGUACAAAUGACAAGUUUUUAAUUUCUUUGUAACUGCAAAAUAUAACAAUUAUAUUUAGGGCCAAUAAAACUGUUGGAUUUUAUUUGAAUUUAUAUAACAGUUUGAAAGUUAGAGCAAUGUUCAUAUUGAACUCUGAAUGUAUAUUAGUUGGGCUGAAUAGAUAUUGACUCAUCGACUUGCAUUUUCACUGAUUUUUGAAACCUGUCACGUCCAACUUAUUCUGCUUUCUGAGCAUGUGAUGUCUGGUGUUUGGAUUGUGAUUCUAAACUAGUGUGCCGUGAGAAAUGAAGUGUGUUCUGGGAAAUGAAUUUCACUUUGCUGGUAUGAACAAUGUUUACUACAUGUGAUGUAAGGUUCAUUUUAAUCUUAACAGUAAUGGACAGUGACAAGCAGAACAAAUAAACUGUUCUACUAGA